UACAAAGUCUUGUUUGUAAAUAAAUGGGUGUGUAUAAUAUACUUGGAUUAUUUACUAUAGUUUCUCAUGUUCUGGCUAUAGAUCUAUGCAGAGAGCAUUCAUCAUGCGUUCCUUUAAGAAAAUGUCAUCCAAAAUCAAGUUCAGCUUUUAUCUAUCCUUGUCAUAUAGGUUUAAAUCUAAUUUGUUGCCCUAAUUCCGACAUCCAAAACACUACAUCUUUAGAAACAAGAAAAACCCUAUUGUUUCCGGAAGAAUGUGGGGAAAUAACCAACGAAAAAAAAAUUAAAGGGGGCAAAAAUGCAGAUUUGGGACAGUUUCCUUGGAUGGCACUUUUGGGAUAUAAACAAAAAUCAGCAGGAAUUUCAGAAUUCCUUUGUGGAGGAACAAUAAUAACACACAGAUACAUAAUGACGGCAGCGCAUUGCCUAGCAGUUAAAAGUAGAGAAUUGGUUUUUGUAAGACUUGGUGAGCAUGAUAUAGAUAGUGAGGAUGACUGUGUAACAAUAAAAAAAUACACAAAAUGCGCUGACAAACCUGUGGAUAUAAACGUUGAAGAAAGAAUUCCUCAUUUUCAGUACAAUGAGACGACUUUGAAGAACGAUAUCGCUUUGCUUAGGUUGGAAUUGGAUAUACCAUCAAAAUCAGAAUUCAUCAAACCCAUAUGUCUUCCAUUUGAAAGAAGCCUGGAAAGCAAAGACUUGGCUGGACAAAAGUUUACCAUAACGGGAUGGGGCAAAACCGAUCCAAAAAAUUUGCAAGGUUCAAGUUAUCUACAAUACGCUCAAGUCGUUGUAGCAAAUCAGGAGAAAUGCAACUCAAAUCUUCCAGCAAGAGUUCGGAAUAUUUCUGAUUCUCAACUAUGUGCUAUCGGUAAGACUGAGGAUGCCUGUAAAGGGGAUAGUGGAGGACCUUUAUCCAAUGCCACAGGGGAUUUUAAGGGGGAAAUAAGGAUUUUUCAGAUAGGGAUAGUAUCUUUUGCUCCCACACCGACUUGUGGCAUACAGGAAUUGCCUCCUGUAUAUACACGAGUUGACAAAUAUUUAAAAUGGAUUGAGGAUACUGUUAUAGUGUAG